CUGUUAUUAUAGAAGAAUAAACCCUCAUACUUGCGUUAUUUAUAAUUUAAAGAAUUUUGAAUUUAGGUUGAAGUAGUGCCAACUUCACGGAGGUAAAUUCUUUCAGUUUGUUGUUGCGCACCACGAAAUGGGUAAAGUAAAGUGCUCGGAUUUGCGGCUUCGCGACAAGAAGGAGCUCACAAAGCAGCUCGAUGAGCUCAAAACCGAGCUUACAAGUCUCAGGGUGGCCAAAGUGACCGGCGGUGCCCCCUCAAAACUGUCCAAAAUUCGCGUUGUGCGUAAAGCCAUUGCUCGGGUGUACAUUGUUAUGCACCAGAAGCAGAAAGAGAAUUUGAGGAAGUUGUACAAAAAUAAGAAAUACAAGCCCCUUGAUUUGAGACCGAAAAAGACAAGGGCUCUACGUCGUGCUCUCACGAAACAUGAGCAACGGAUUAAGACACCCAAGGAGCUUCACAAGAUGUCCAUCUACCCCCAAAGGAAGUUUGCUUUGAAGGCUUAAUUUGUGUAAUUUAAUAAAAGGUUUCAUAAA